AUGGCGGGUAAACUGAUCAUUCCACCAAAUGCAAAGUAAGGUACUUUUUAUUAGUUUUAUCUUAUUUGUUUAGGUAUCAACCUCAAGAUCCACAAUAUGUUAGCACGGAGACAGGUUCCAAAGAUCCUUAUGUUAUGCGGUAAGUGUUUCUGACUUCGAUUGAUCAUAUUUUUAGAUCUCGUGUGUUUGUGGGAUGUCUGAACACUGACACUGUGAGUAGAGAAGAUGUUAUCCAGUUGUUCAGUAUGUAUGGACCGUUGAGAGGAGUUAGUCACUUUAAGUCUCAAGGAUAUGGGUUCGUACAGUUUGACAACGAAGAAGACGCUAUCGAUGCUGUUCAAAAUUUGAAUUUGUAUGAAUUCCACGAGCUGGUGUUAGGUAUUUUAUUUACAGUGUAAUAUUGUGGUUGGUAAUCUUAAUCUUCUGUUUUAAAAAAAAUUCGCAAGAUUUUGAAUUAAAAUUAUAAACCUUUGGUUUCAGAUGUCAAGAUAGCCACCCCAACUGUAUCAUUUUUACAAAAAGACGAUAAACUGUACGCUUUGCUUUGAGAUUUGUUGUUUGUUAGUUUAUUCGUUACCUUAACGCUUUUAUUAUGGAUUGUACUAUUGUUUUAGGCAGAAGAAGCAGAGAUCGAAACGAGGCGGAAGAAAAGAACGUGAACGCCGUGAGAGAGCUGCAUCAUACAAGGGUGGAUAUGGUAAUAACCAACAAAGCAGUAAUUAUGUUGACUAUGACGAAGAUAUUGAUGGAUCUCCAGGAUCUUUCAUCCAAUCACCGGCAAAUGUAGUCCGACCUUUACUUCCAUCACGUGCUCCCGCUGCUGUUCCUCCAGCACAAACUUCUGCGUCUGCUCCAGGUAAAUUUAUUCUUUGGAUCUGAUAGUAUUAUAGCAAUCUUUAUUACGAGUUUAUUAAGAAAUCUAAUAAAACUUGAAAUACUAGCUCCAACGGAUAACAUCUAUCAGAGUAUUAACUAAAAAGUCCACAGCUGCUAUAAAGAAUGUACUUAUAUGUUUAUACUGAUAACAUUUUAGAACCAACUGGACCUCCGACUGAAGUACAAGAUCUCACUCCUAACUCCGACCUCCCGUUACCUCCUCGCUUUAAGUAUCAGACGGCUGCAGAAAAGCAGGAAGGAUCCGUGUUGAACGAAAACGGUAAGAAUUGAACCAAAAAAUAUAUCUUGUAGUAUCAAACAAUAUCUUAAGACUAUUUGUUAUUUUACAUAGUAAAACUAAAAGACCUUUUCAGAAGUACCAGACGUGUUAAUAUGUGGUGGAUGCCACUUAAUCACGGCCAAUGCUCAGUUCUUUUUGGAGCAUCGAAUAAGAGAAUGUGACAGAAAGAUUGUAAUGAAAUCAGGUGGGUUAUCACUUUUAGUCUCCUUCAAACUGAUAAGUUAAGUUUGAAAUUGGUAGUUUAAAGGAUUUAAGUUCCCAAAUCUAGACAAAUUUGUAAUCGAGGUUACUAAUGCUUUAUUUUAAAAUAGAAAUUUUUGUUUCGUGAUUCAACUUACAAGGUUUUAGAAGACGAGCCUGAAUUUCUCAAGUGUUACUCAUGUAAAGUUCCGUGUAAGAAUAGCUGGGACCUUAUUUAUCACAUGAGCCAGGCUCACAAGCUUAAUUUAUACAAUAACAAAACAACGAGUACGGUGGAGUAUCCGGAGCAGCAGCAGUAA